CAACGGUGCUGUCAUUACGCACACGGAGUCUCCGGGAGCGCAGAGAGGAGCGACUCAAGGAUACUACCCGAGAUAUUUAUUUAUUCUUUGAAUCAGAGAUUAACAUCGCCGCUGAGUCUCUGGAGGAAACUUUCCGCUGGUUUUAACGAUGCCUGAGCUCUGGAGCUGUUCGGAAGGAGAUUAGAUGUUUCCUUUGAGCGAAGCCAGACGUGAUCCUGGUUCACCCGCCAACGCUGGACCCUCCAUGAGAAGUCCGAAUGCCAGCUGACCUCUGACCCCACCCUCACCAUGGACGUCCGACUGCACAGCAACUCUCAGCUCCACUACAACGGGGGCCCCGGGCAAAACUCCAGGACGGGCGGCGACAACAGUGUGCCUCCCUUCCUCAGCCAGGAUGUACAGGAGUGCCUCCAGUUCUUCGAGGACACCAUCGAUUCUUUGGAGGAGAAUCUGGAGGAGGAGGGCAAGCAGAGGCCCGCUAAGGUGGCGCCGCUGGAAAGCAGGAGCUGCCCGGUCACGGAGGCUGGUGGUCCGGGUGCCUUGAGCCCCGGUCCCGGGGCAACAGGGUCCUGCUUCCUGCAACGAACUCCCAGCCCGAAAGACCAGGAUAUUAUUGACUUGGUCCGCCCAGAACCGGACUUGGUGCAGAACAAAGGACCGCUCUUCAGCCCCACCAAUCCAGAUUUUCAGAAUAUGUUGCCUUACCCUGAAAGUCACUUUGAGAUAAAGCCGAAGCACGACCAGGUGGACGGUUUGCCUUCAGAAUACAAUCCUCCUCUACCGGGCGGCUAUGGGGCAGCAGACGGCCACUCCUACCACCCUCCAGGAUGUAUCCCCACCCCGGUCCUGAUUGCCCAGAAGAUCGCUGAGAACCAAGCGGGCAGCACCUCGUCCGGCCUCCGACGCUCCAGCCUGGAGUCUGAAAAACCACUGAACCACAGCCCCGAUCAUUCAGUGAAACACGGUCCUCCUACCUCGGCCAAGCCCACUCGCUUCCCUGCCAACAUCAACCUCAUCCGGGGCAACAAGGAGCCCCAGAACCAGUCGCUGGCUAAUGUGAACAUAAACGAGAGGCGGGCGCAGAUGCUGGCGAACCUGUCGGGAUCGUCUCAACCGCUGCUGCUGCACGAAACUCCCGGUGAAGAAUACCGGGCGCCUCGAAACGUUCCCACUCGGAGCAUUUCCUUCAGGGACCCCACGCCUGACGUGUCCAGAAGGGAGGCGCUGUCGAAGCUGGGCUUGACCCGCAACCGAAACAUGUCCGGGGAUGCGUCGCAGGCGGCCCCCGCUAAAAGCUCCUCACUGGAUCGAGUCACGGGUCGAGAUGCUAGUCUUUCCCCGAAAACGGAAAGAAGCGCCAACUUUUCACCAGGAGUCAACCUUGCGCCGCCUCCGAGCUACGCCGACAGAAAACCUGAGGUUCUUCACACGGAUAGAAACCUCCAACUGAGUCCUUCGCCUACACCCGUCCCUCACAGCAGCUACUAUCCGCCGCCCCCAUCGUCCCCUCAACCUGAGGUCACCUCACUGGAAUUUAACAACUACGGAGGGAAAUCCAUCCUGGUCCACCCUUCCUCUUUGCCCAAGAGUGAACCUCCAACAUCUCCAACGAAGCCCGAUCCCAAAACCCUCCCACCUGCUCUGUCCACCCCCAGCGAGUUCAACACCUACGGGGGCAAAACCAAAGUCAUGACCCCUCAUCCGUCCGCCCCAACCCGGAGCGACCUUCCAGACAUCCUCAGCUCGCACAUCGACAAGGGUCAAAGCUUACCCGUCAAAACUGAGCCACCGCCCAACGACAAGACCAUCUACGGAGUAAAGAGCCUGACCAUCAACCCAUCCUCCAGGACCAAGACUCUCAAACCUCCGGCUCCGGCCACGGCCCCGAGACCUCCUCGGCACUCCUACCACGGCGCCACCAGUUCCCAGAUGGCGGCGGCGUCGGCGCCUCGAGCCUUGUCCCCCGACCGCCGGCGGAGGUCCAACUCCAUGUUUCGUCCUCAAGGCAUCACCGUGCAGUUUUCUGGACGGGGGGCGACGAACGAGUCCCGCAGGGACGCGCUGAGGAAACUGGGGCUGCUGAAAGACUCCUGAGGAACCUCCGGUUAACGGCGAGCCUGAAUCUCUGGUGUUUUUCUGCUGGUGGUGGCGACGGUUUUUCUGGGAGUUCUCUCCGAGAGCGUGAGGUGUGGUUUGAGAAAGUAAAGGAGCUGAAUCCUCGGCCAUAAAAACACUAAAGAAACUGUUUUAUGUCGAGUCUCAUGAAAAACACUGAAUACCUUUUGCAUAAGACGCUGUGGAACAACCUCCUCUUGCAGGAAGACUCUAGUUUUUUAAACGCUGGACUCCAUUAACGGCCUGGAGACACGAGCCCAUUAGUUCUUUCUGGGUUUUUUGUUUGAGGACGCUGUGUAAUUCUAUCAGGGGACUAUUUUCAGUGGUGGAUUAAUAUUUUUAUCUGUUUCCAAAGAACUUCUUUGGAUGCUAACGUUUUAAACUGGGAUUUUAUUUACAUAUACAUAUUUUUUUUGUUUGUUUUCUCACUUUUAGGACCAAACUAAAGCCAGAGUAUCAAUGAACCUUCAGAAAAACUGGACGUUAUUCAGCAGCAAUUUGACGAACUGCACGUUAGUUACAGAGGCUCAGAAAAUUAGUGCAUUUAUAAAAUAAAAUUCAGGAUAAAAAUAAGCAGCUAAUUUUGCACAAGUGUAAUUUAAACGUGGAAAUAAAUAAAUGGUAAAAAAAUAUAUAUAUAUUAAAAAUUUAAAAAACUCAAAAAAUAUACAAAAAAAAUAAUGUUAACUGGAAUUUUAUGAGAAAAUUAUAAAUAUUACAAAAAAAUAUAUAAUCAUGCUAAAUAUAAUAUGUGUUUACCUAAAAACAAUGAAAUCUUUUACAUAGAUUCAGUUAAAUUUUGAGGCUGUGAAGUCUUUAUCUGUUCUGUUACACGGGAAACUUUCUUUUUUGUUUUGUUUACUGAUUUUUGUCUACGCAGUGAGUAUAUAUAUAUACAUGUAUGUAUAUAUAUAACAUUUUAUAUAUAUAUAUAUAUAUGUGUGUAUAUAUUGGGACAAAGUUAAAAGUACUUUUCUACAGAGCAACUUAAAGAAACUGUAAAUAAACUAAGAAGAUGGAUGGAAGCUGUGGAGCAGAGCUGAGCUGGAGGAUAUUUUUACUCCACACGAACAAACCUCCCACACCAAACCACAGACUGGGGGCUUAGUGGGCAGGACUUUUACUUCUCCUUCUCCUUCUUUUUUUUUUUUUUUUUUAAUUUACUACGCAGAGGGAAUACUUAAAAACUGCUCUUUAGGGAUGGGCGGUAACACAACAUUGUACAAAACACAAGCACAAAAACCGCAGCGUCUAGAAAUACACGCUGGCUGUUGCUUCCACGUUCUUAUUCCAUGUCUUUGUUUUAUUUAACUGUUUGUAUGUUUGUGCGUUUUUUGUGUGUGUUUUAUGUGGACUCCGGUUCUCUGUAGCUCACCUACAGUUUAUCUUGAAGUAUAUUUUGUGAAUUUUGUUUACAGACUCCGGUUCGCUGUAGUCCAGCUACAGUUCAUUUUUGAAGGAUCUCGUGGAAAGUUUUUUUCCGCACAGAACAAAGAUUUAAUAAGAACAAUAAUAAUAAGAAUAAUGUUAAUAAGAAUUAGUGCUUGGUUCAUGGGGAGAUGAGCGUGGACGUGAAAGCUGCUGCUGCUCAGUAACGAAAGCCCUGGAGAACUUUCUGUGUGUAACUCUGCUUAAUGUUGAUCACUCAUUAAACCCAAUAAUAAUAACAGAA